AAACAAUUUUUAUAUAUUGUUUAGAAAUAAGAUAGAAAUCGGUCUUGAAUUAGUUUCUUAGAUCCCGCGAUUCACGAAAGUGUCGUUAAUUACAACGUCGUAUUUUUGCGACGUCGUUAAUUACAACAAAUUUACGAAACAUCUCGUCGUAAUCCCGAUUUACGACAAAAUAUCAAUGGUCUGAUUUCGAGAGUAUACUUUUUCGUCUAAUAGGAAUAUUCCGGAAGUUCUAAAUGGCGCACGUUAUCUCCGACGCGAGUUCCGGAGACAAAAUGGAAGAAAGAAAAAGAAGGCGUAAUUUUAGUUCUUUCGAGAUACAGGCGCUGAUAGAUGGAGUAGAAAAAAGAAAAAAAAUAAUAGAAGGGAGGAUAGAUGAAACUAUUACUUCUCGUGCAAAAUAUAAUUGUUGGAGAUUAAUUUGUGAAGAAGUGAAUAGUGUUAGUGAUGUACGUAGAAGCGUAGAGGAAAUUCGACGUAAAUGGAGAGAUUACAAAAGCAUCUCAAAGAGAAAAGGAUGCUGGAAAAGAAUGAAAUUAGAAGCAAAAAAGAAUUUAAUUAAUAAUCAUCAAAUUAUUAAAUCGGCCGAUGAUAGUGCAUCAUCAGAAUUGUCAAAUGAACCAAGCAAGAGUAUUAUAGAAAUUGUAGAAGGAAGUAUUCAGUCUGUACAGAAUCCUAAUAAUCAACCUACGGUUUCUAUACCUGAUUUUGAAUUUCAAUACAAACAAGCAAAUGAAAAUUGCCAGCCAAAUAAUACACCAGUAACUGUAAAAUCUUAUGAAGAACCUUGUAAGAAACCAUUUUCCAGAGUUAAUGUUCUAUCACAAUCCCUACCUAAGAAUUGCUUGGGACAACAAACUACAGAACAAAAUAUAAACAACCUGGAAAGGAGAGCUAAUAUUAAAAGGAAAAUGAGAAAAGCUAUCUUGGAAGAAUUACUUGCUACAGAAAAACUUAAGAGAGAAAACGAAAGGCUGCGAAAAUGGAUACUUACAAAGGAGUGUGAGGAAAAAGGAUAUGGAUUACCACCACCUGAUUUUAAUUAAAAUAGUAUAAUGAGAAAUAAAUGUAAUUUUUCACAUUUAUUACAAAGUGAUUUGUUAAUUGAUAGAUAAAUAAGUGACCAUCUCAAUAUCAAGAAAUAGUAAUUGCAAUCCAUUUAAUAAAUGUCUAACAUUUAUAUCUUGUAAUUAUUAUGAUUUAAUUUUGUCUGAAUAAACCUCACCAUCAACCCAGCAGAACAGAAGCAAAUGAUUUGUGUGAUCUAGUCUGAUAAAUGAACUUUGAAAAUUCAUCUUUAUCAUGUUUUAAACAGAUUAUUCAUACUUCGAUAUUCCCACAAACAAAGAAAAUUUAUCAAUUUUAUUGAUUUUUAUUGUUU